GUGCUGAAUCUCGCCAACCGCCCAUCGUACUUGAACGCUUGCAGGCCCGACGACUCGUCCCGCUCUGCCACGCCCCGAGGUCCCGGUGCCCAUUCUGUACAUCUGCUGCUACCCGUCCUCUUCUCUGUUGCCUUUCGUCAUCACUUCCUCACCUCGACCUAUAUUACACCACCUCACCUUGUGAACCCGUGACGUCUUCAUGGCUAUGCAUCUCGCUAGUAUGGUACACGGCAGCGGGAGGGAACGUGAAGCGCACGACCGUCACUACCACCAACAGCAACCUCUCCAACAAUCACACUAUUACUCUCAGCAACAUCAGCAACCGCAGUCCUACGCAGCAGCUCCCGCCCAGUACUCCACACACAUCUCGCAACAACAAGUCGAGUACCAGUACCAACGACACCCACAGUCGCCACCCUCACCACCAGUCGAGGAGCAGAAGCCCUCACUGCCGUCGAUAUCGAGUCUGCUUCACAUUGCGGAUGGUGAGAAGGCGGCAUCCGAGACAGCCGGACAGAGCCCAAGCCCCAGGUCACAACCACAUUCACCACAACCGGGGCAGGAGCACCAGUCCAGCGUGGCAGUAACAAAGCAGCAGCCCGAGAGCCGUUCAGAGCAAGCCUUCGGUCCCACGAUCGUGAGCCACCCCAGACUGACCCUCCCUCCUACGCCGCCUAUGCACCCGGACUCAGUGGUUGACGGCAAUCAGUCUCCGUCGACCGCUUCGACUCACUCUGGCGCCGGCUCCUACUACCUCGGCCAGUCACUCAACAACAUGGAGCCUCACCAACAACGCCAGACCGGUCCUCACUCCUCUGUCGUCAGACGAACUCCUCUACCGCAAUCCUCCAUGUCUCCAUAUAGCGCAUCGUCCUACGCUCCGUCGCCAUAUGCUUCAUCACCAGGUCCGGCGUCAGCGGCCUCUUUUUACUCUCCCGAGUCUCACCCCUACUCCAUGGGCAUGUAUGGGCAACGAGCUCUGCCUUCGAACUUCCAACCGCAAAUGCCUCUGCCUCUGCCUACGCCUUCCGGUAACGGAUCGAACCCGUGGCAACACCACCACUACAUCAGCACCUCCAGUCAAUCCGCGUUCCCUCAGUCGCAAGACCGAUACAUCUGCUCUACCUGUAACAAGGCCUUCUCGCGACCAAGCAGCCUGCGCAUCCACAGCCACAGCCACACUGGCGAGAAGCCCUACAAAUGUCCCCAGCCUGGCUGUGGCAAGGCCUUUAGCGUCCGAAGCAACAUGAAGCGCCACGAGCGGGGCUGCCACGCAUCGACAACUCUCACGACAUGACGAAUCUCUCAUUGUGCAGUAAUUUUCUCUCCCGGCGUUCUGAUCACGGCCUAGCUUGCCUUGAAUUGUAUAUGGAUCUCGCGCGGUUGCAAUCGUUCGUUCUAGCAUCUACGGGUCGGUGUGAUACCACUGGACGGCACCACUACAGGCGUACUUGAAGCGGCAUAUCUAAUGUUUCCUUUCCUGCAUCACCAUGGCGUUUGCUGAUUUGACGGUCCGGGAUACAAGCUUGUACCCUACUUUUUUUCCCAUUGUCUAUAUUUAGGGGAUGUACGUCCUUUGUUGAUCAACAUCGACGCAGUGCCUGUGAGGGCCGGUCGCAAUGUUUUGGCGAGUGUUUUGCCGCCACUGUACUAUAGCGAUCCUGCGCGUUAGCAUGCACCGCUACGCCGCAUUGUGGAAACAGAUCAGAUGCAAAGAUUCCACCAACAAUGCGUGUCCUUCAUCUUCGUGAGAUUACCACUCACUCGGCCCUGGCGGU